AUGGUUCCAACACCGAGGUGUUCUAACCACAUACCAGAUAAUAUCCGUUGGCAACCCCCGCCACAUAAUACUGUCAAGAUAAACUUUGAUGGAUCUGUUAAGUCCGGCUCUGCUUCCUCAGGCUUCAUAUUUAGAGAUUCUUUGGGACAACCUAUUCUCGCAAGCACGACAAAUUCGGGUUCUACAACCAUUCCGACGGCGGAGGCAAUUGCCUUACGGGAUAGCUUAAUUGCUGCUAUGGAUAGGGGACUCCAGUUCAUUGAGGUUGAGGGAGACUCAAAGCUUGUCAUCGAUGCUGUUAAUGGUGUAUCUCAUCCACCUUGGAAAUUACGGAAAAUCAUUACGGAUAUUAGAUCACUGGUUGCUUCUUUUUCUACCAUUACCUUCAAACAUGUGUUUAGAAAGGCAAACUUUGCUGCUGAUUCUGUCACCAAACUUGGCCACACUAGUUCGGAUCGUAUUUGGUGGGUCAAUUGUUUUCCACCAACGGUCUCUAGAGCUAUUUUGUUUGACACUGUAAAUUGUGGAGGGCCGCGCGGCCUAAGUAUUUAG